AUGGUCAAAAGAAAGAGGUCGCGCGAGGACGACAUCGAGGCGAAGCUUGCCGACUACAAGAAGGAGAUUUUCCGGGCAAUCAAAGGCGCAAAGGGACUCGAGCGUCAACGGUACAGCAAACGCUUGCGCGAUGACAAGUCGACGCCCGACAAGGUUAAGCGGUUGGAAAGGGAGGUUUUGGUGUUGAAGUCCCUCGACCUCCUGCAAACCGCCGACGCCCACCUGCACUCCUCGCUCCUCAAGGUCAAGCAGAUCGCCGAAAGCCCUGCCCUCCCCGAAGCGAUCAAGCAGGGCGUGCCGAAGCCGGAACUCUCAGAGGAGGAGAAGGUGGCGCUGCAUAAUGUCACCAGCGGCCUGUUUAACCGCCCGUCUGUCCGGGAGGCCGUUGAGAAGGCGGUGCGGGGCGUGUGUCUGGUUCUCAACGUGCCUAUACCGGACAAGAAGAAGAGGGGAAAGAAAGAUGCUGCUGCUCCCGCUGCCGCUGAGAGCAAGAAGCAAGCAAAGAAGGAGGAGGACGUCGACGACGAACCUAGGGAAUCGAAGAAGGCGAAGUUGGUGGAUGCAAAGGAUGUAUCCGCCAAGCCCAAGACCGAUUCUAAAGCCAAGGAGGCGGAAGUAGAGGCAGAGGAGGAACCGAACCCGUUUGACGAGAUGGACGACGAGAUCCCGACCGACAGCGACGCCGAGGACGGCGGAAGGAAUGCAGACGCCGCGGAGGAGGAAGUUGACUCAGAUGAGGAAGAAGAGGAAAAGGCUCUGUCCAAGAUGGAGGCUAUGCUCGGCGGCUCCGACUCGGAAGAAGAGAGCCCCGACGAGGAUCUCAAGGCCAGAUACAAGGCUCUGCUGGGCGAAGUCGCCGACGAAGGGGAUACCGCCGACGACGAGAGUAACAGCGACGACGAAGACGAAGAUGAUGAGGACGAAGAGAUGGCGGACCCAGCGGACGACGACGCGGAAGACAGCGGCAACGAAUCAGACCGCCAACGCCGCAUCAACGCCGCCAACGUCUCCCUCUCCCCCGAACCGGAACCGAAACCAAGCAAACAAGAGAAGAAAGUGAAGCGCGCCAAGAAACCCACAGGCCGACCCGGCGAGACGACGUUCUUACCUUCGCUGAUGGGCGGGUACAUAUCAAACUCCGAGUCCGAGGCUUCAGACCUCGACCUCGCGCCGCCCAAGAAGCGGCUGGGGCAGAAACAGCGCCAGGCGAUUUGGGAGAAAAAGUACGGCGCGUCGGCGAACCACGUCAAGAGCCAGGUCAACGGGCAGAGGGCGGGCGCGAGGGAUAGUGGGUGGGAUAUGAAGAGGGGUGCUGUGGGCGGUGACGAGGAUGGUGGGAGGAAGCCGUGGAAGAAGGGCGUUUCGAACCCGUUGGCCGGCGGUAAGGGUAGAGAUCGCGGCGGCAGAGGAGUGGAGGAGAAGAAGAAGGCGAGGGUGCCGCCUAAGAAGGAUGAUGAGGGGAUUUUGCAUCCGAGUUGGGAGGCGAGGAAGAAGGCUAAGGAGGCGCAGACUACGGCUGCGUUUGCGGGUACUAAGAUCACCUUCUAG